GGCUUCUACCCCGCCCUGCCGUUUUACAUUCGACUGGGAGGAGUGGAUACGCACUGGCAGACAGACACCGACAGGAUGUGGUUAUAGACGCGCACUCAGCCGACGUUAAAACGUAAGAGUAAACUGAGUUUUAUAAUAGCAAGACAAAAGUUUAACGUUAAUCGCGUCGAAUCCGGUAUCUGCCGCAGACAGUCGGAAAGGUGAAGAGUGUUUGUUCCUGUUUUAACUUUCUUGUUGUGUGUGUGCGCGCAGCGUGCGGAUCUGGGUUUCCUACCCACCUUGUUCCUGUUUCCGUGACUCGCUCUACCAGUGUGUCAGAAUGGGCUAAAAACGGUUGCUAAUACCUGAGCACCAUACACCUGGACCCUCCACAGUCUCAUCUGUGCACAGGUGGUGACGGCUUCGGCACCAUGCAAGGGCCUCGGAGAAAAGUGAAGGUCAUGCUGAUGAUGACAAUGGUGUUUAUAUUCAUAGUCGUGGAGGUCUCUCGUAAUGUUGGGAAAGGUGAUGACAACAAGAGUAAAGUGCUGAUUCCCUCAAAGCGUUUCUGGGCCAAAGAUGUUCCCAGUAACGCCUACUGGAAUCUCCAGCAACAACAGCUCGACUACAUCAACAACCACAAUCUAGAAAAUCUCAACUUUACUAUUGAGGACGUUCCAAACUGGCUCAACAACACCGUCACUCAGGACUCCUGUGAGCCAGAUUUAAGGGUGACCACUCAAGUUAAGAAUUACAAUUCUCUUCCGGAUCGCUUUAAGGACUUAUUGCUGUAUAUGCGUUGUAGGUCGUAUCCCAUCGUGGUGGACCAGCCAGACAUAUGCAAAGACCAACCGUUCCUCCUCCUAGCUAUUAAAUCUUUAGUCCCUCACUUCGAUCGGCGUCAGGCAAUCCGUGAGUCGUGGGGAAGAGCUGGUCGUCUGGCAAACAGGACGGUUGUUACAGUGUUUCUUCUUGGUAACGCAGCCAUGGAGGACCAUUUUCCUGAUCUAUCCAAGAUGCUUGAGCAUGAAAGCUCCAUGCAUCGAGACAUUCUUCAGUGGGACUAUAGGGACACGUUCUUUAACCUCACCAUCAAGGAGGUGCUUUUCCUGGAAUGGCUGACUACUCGCUGUUCUGGAGCUAGUUACGUCUUCAAGGGCGAUGACGAUGUUUUUGUUAACACCAUUCGCAUCAUAGAAUUCCUCAGCAAUCUGUCGGAUGCCAAAGCUAAGGAACUCUUUGUAGGGGAUGUGAUUACCAACGCCGGUCCACACAGAGACAAAAAAGUCAAAUAUUUUAUCCCAGAGAGCGUUUUUGUAGGGGCGUACCCUGCGUACGCAGGGGGGGGCGGUUACCUGUUCUCGGGACAGCUGGCCAAGAAACUUCACGAUGUCACGAGACGGGUGCCUCUCUACCCUAUUGAUGAUGUCUACACAGGUAUGUGCCUUAGGAAGUUAGGCCUUGCUCCCGAGAAGCACAAAGGCUUCAGAACUUUUGAUAUCGAGGUGAAGUACCGUGAUAAUGCCUGUGCCUACAACGGCUUGAUGCUGGUCCACCCGAGAAGCCCACAAUAUAUGAUCAAAAUCUGGACUUGGCUAAAUGACCCGGCCUUGAACUGUCAGUAAACUCAGGGUUGCUCAUCUAUAGGUUUUGGCAGCUUAAAUAUUUUGUUGUGAUGUUUAUUAUUGACAUGUACCUGUAAACUGUAGAAUCUCCAUGCAUUUGCACUGCAAAGGUCAGGAAAAACAGAGCUGUUUCGAUAUGGAUGUAUAUAUCUUAAAUGUGGGUCAAAAUGACUGUAUGUAAUGAAAGUAUUGUAAUGAUAUUCCGUUGGUAAUGUUACAAGUAUUUAAACAGUGCUGUGUUGACUGACAACACUGGUUGAUAGGCCAGAGGUGCUGGAGAAAAUGGGAUUAUGGGCAGUUCAGCUGGUCUGAACAUGGCACAGUGUCAGUACACAGCUCAUUUAUUAAUGAUCCUUUGUUUUUCAUUUUAAAAUUGUUUUUGUCUUUAGGCACCUUGACAUUACGAUGAUGUGAAUUAAGACUUGAUAAAUACUGUUACUCUGUUAUUUUUGUUUUGCUACAAUGAAUGAAGAGUUUGUUAAAAUGUGAUUGUAAUUUUUACUCAUGCUUAAUAAAGGAUAGUUUACCCAAAAAUGAAAAUUCUAUCAUUACUCACCCUCAUGCCAUUUAAACCUGUCUAUAGACACAAAACCAAUGCAAGUCAAUGGGGCCCAACAGUGUUCUGUUACCGUUAUUCUUCAAAAUAUCUUUGUGUUCUGCAGUAGAAAGAAAGCCAUACAGGUUUGAAAUAUCACGAGGGCGAGUAAAUAAUGACAUAACUUUCAUUUUUGGGUGAACUAUCCCUUUAACCAUAUGUUUUAAGGCAUCUGCACUGUAAAAAUGAAAAGCCCUCAAGGUACCAUUUGAGGUUCCUUUAAGAACGUCAAGGUUUACCUUUUAGGAAUCUCAACCAUCCUAUUCAUGUACCAAGUGAUCUUUUUUAGUUUAAGUCUGAAGACUGUAAGUGCUUCCUCCAGUUACCCCAUCAUGGGUUUUGAGGCAUUUAAAAUGUAUUGUGAAGUACUUUGUAAUGUGUUUAGAGGAUCUUUAAUGGUUUUGCAUGGUGCCUUGAGAAUUUGUUCGUUUUUUCAGUGCGUGCUUUGAAGCUCGUUCCAAAAUGUUCUUUUGCAAAAUCAGACAAUCAGUUGCAGGUUGUGAUCCUAUUAUUGUAAUAUACUGUAGCAGAUUAGCCAAGGCUAGAUUUUGCCUUAAAUUAUUUAUGAAGCCGAAGAAAAUACAGGUUGCAAUUCUGCUGGUAAAGCUGACUAAAACGUUUGUGCCUGACGCUAAUAAAUUAAAUUAUCAGCAAAAAAGCACCAGUUUUAGGAUGUCUACCCUGCUGAAAUACUCAGAGAUUGAUUAUUGAAAUCAGACUUGAAAGAACAUAUCCUUUUCAGUCAAAGGAAAAGAGCAGAUGAUGAUAAAUGAUAAAGGUUGUGGGGUCUUUUGUUUAAUUUUCCAUUUUUUAAUCCAGAAGUUCCAUGUUUUAUUUUACUGACUAAAUGCAAGCAGCCAAAUUUCUCGAAAGCCAAAUUUCCAACUGUGGAUUAAGUCUGUUACUGUUACUUUUGAUCAUUGGCUUGUCAUUUUUUCCUUUCUGUUGAAGAAUGCCAAUAGAAGGGUCUCAACCGGCUGACUCCAUUACGAAACUGAACAGAAUGGACAUAUGUGUGUUAUAGUGACCCCUGCUGGUAAAGCAGGAUUUUUUAAAGAAUAAAUGUACUGUAACCUUUUUCAUAACCUUCAGACUUGUGUAUUUAAAUAGUAAGUGUUUUGCCAGUCAACUUGAUGUAGUAAGGGCUAUGCUUCAGCACAACUGUGUCUGGUAAACAAGUGGCCUGUUAAUCAUAAUUACACCCACGUGAAGGUUUGUCGGCCAUCUGCAAAAUUUGGGCUUGUAUCUUAUUUGUAGUUUUUUAGUUGUUUAGCUAGCUGCGAGUAAUGAGGGUCAUAGUAUGUUAUUAGUCUGUACUGCUGAUGGUAAGGCAAACACACAUACUGUACAAACAUCCUGAUGCUGUGUUUAGUAAGAGAAACAAAGUGUUUACAUGUUAUUAUAUUUAUAGGCUUAUAUUUAUAAGAUAUGUCCGAUUUUCAGCUGAUCAGUAGGGUAGAUUGCACAUGUUUUUAUACACUGGUGUUUAACUCUGAGACCUCUAACUCAUGAGAGUGGUGUCUUUGCAACUGGUUGUGUUUGAUGGCAAUUGUAUAAUGUUUUAUUGUUGGAUCAACGCAUAACAUAACGCUCCAAGAGUGAUUGUGUAUCAGAAAACCCUUUAGAGCCAUUUAGUUUCUUUAUGUACGGCCUUGAGAUCAUUGGAUCCAUAUAUCCAUCAUAACAUAUUUGAAUGUUAACUGUUUUGGAUGUGCUGGUUCAUUGCUGCAUGUGUGUUUGUGUGUAUUUAUGUGUAUACAAACUUUGGUGGUGAUUGUCAUUGUGAAUCCGGUUCUAGGAAUGAAUUAAUAUCUGUGUCGGUUGAAUGUUUUCGGAUCUUUCAGAUAAAUCUGUUUGAUAAGUUUGUACUAAUUGAAACUCCUAAAUUUAUUUGCUGAAUAUUGUACUUUACCAACAAGAAAAGAGUCAAGUGGUUACCUUAAUCAUGUCUUGACCAAAAUCACAGGCUUUUAUUUCAUUUUUGUCACUUAUUUAUAUACUUUUCUGUUUUUUUCUCUUACCAAAAUUUCUGUGAACUGUAGAAGUGCCGUUACCAAAAUGUGCCUGUUAAUGACUCAGACAGUCAUCCUUUCAUGAAUGAAUACACACAUUUCUGUCAUGUCUGUGUUGGCUUUUGAUUUAAUUCUCAUAAAUAAAAUGAACUUUGAUGUUUUUG